AUGUUCUUGAUUGUUGUUACCCUGCAACUCAUUGCUGUGGGCCACGGUGCAUACGUUGAGAUGGAGGAGGCCUUCCAGGAGUUCGUGAGAACUUACCAUAAGAAAUACGACACGGAUGAGCAGUAUCAAGUUGCAAAGGACGCUUUCGAGAAUACUAUAAAGGAGAUAGAAGCCAUGAGAGCCAACAGCAAUGUGACGCAUGAAGUCGGUCUCAGUGAAUUUGCUGAUCUACCGCGAGAAGUCUUCAACAGCAUCGUAAAGUGCGCAUUCACUCGACAACAACAAACACCGAACAUCCGAGCCAUUCCCACCGUCCCUCAGGAUCCCUUGGACGUAGGAGAUUAUCCUCCAUCAGUAGACUGGGAAGCUUCCGGCGCUCUGGCGCCCGUAAGACGUCAGUCAAUUAAAGGAAAGAGGUGUGGAAGCUGUUACGCGAUCACUGCCGCAGUCGUUAUGGAGAGUCGUUUCAAGAUCGAACUCGCACAGCCUAGAGUCGUCCCUUUCUCCGUUCAGCAGUUGGUUGACUGUAGUAGGCCGUACGGCAAUAUAGGUUGCCUUGGAGGGCUAUCUCGAGACUCUUACGCAUACUCGAAAGCGGAAGGCAUUGUGAAAGAGUCCAGUUAUCCCUAUGUGUUCGAGGAAAACUCAUGCAAGAGGAAUGUCGUUAAGAACCCUGAAGAUCAAUGCAUUAGA